AUGGUUGUGUACACGAGUCUGCAACCACAUGCUGACGCCUUGCCUCCGCGUCAUGGUACCCACGCAACGUCGCGCCUCUACGUCAUGACGAUCCUGGUUGGCGACAGCGGCGUUGGAAAGACGUCGUUCCUCGUGCAGUUCGAACAGGGCAAGUUUACGGCCGGCUCGUUCUCCGCCACCGUCGGCAUCGGCUUCACGAACCUGGCAUUGCAUUGCGCCAUGCUUACGCAGCUUAACAAGAUAGACCUGAUAACCGUGACUAGAUCUGGGAUACGGCAAGGACAGGAGAGGUUUCGCAGCGUCACCCAUGCCUACUACCGGGAUGCCCAUGCCUUGCUACUACUGUACGACGUGACCAAUCGGCACAGUUUUGACAACAUCAGGGCGUGGUUGUCGGAGAUUAACGAAUACGCACAAGAGGACGUCGUCAUCAUGUUGAUAGGCAACAAGUGUGACGUCACGUCGGAGAGACUUAUUCGUAAGGAGGACGGCGAGAAACUUGCCAGGGACCACGGUGUACCGUUCAUGGAGACGAGCGCCAAGUCGGGCGUGAACGUAGAUCUAGCCUUCAUGGCUGUAGCCAGGGAUCUGAAGUCGAGGAAAACACGGAGACCGAACGAGCCCAAGUUCAACGUAACGGAAUACGUCAACUCCGAGAAGAAGCAAACGUCUACGUGUUGUUCUUAAAACGCGCAAGCGUGCUGCCUCUGCCGCUGCCGCUACUGCUGCUGCGGCUGUCGCCUGUGCAGCAUAGGAAACAACUAGCUUCUGAAAUUAGUCAAUACACAGAACGCUGUUGAGUAGAUCUGACAGCGCGAGAAUAGUUGAGGCAAAAUAUAAUCGAGAAUGCGUCUGAGAGAAAUUAAAACAGAAGACGUGAGAAUGAAAGAAUGAGAUAGAGAGGAAAGAGAGAGAAAGAGAGAGAGGGGGAGAGAGAGAG